AUGAACAUCAAUCCCCUGCAUGUGGCUGAGGUGUUGAUUACGCUGGUAGUGACUGUCAUCUUCGACCCCAAGAAGCUGCACAUCUCCGCCAAAUGUGUGAUCAUUGCCGGUCUCUCUUUUCUCGUCGCCUACGGCGCCUUUGAAGCCGAGGUCGCGAAGAUGCAGAUGGCCAUUCUGCUUGCGGUGUACGCCCUCGCGUGCUACCUCGUGGCGCUCUACAUCGGCGUUCGAUACAACCGUAGCCGCACCGAUCGCAUGUGGAUCCUGCUCGCGGUGGUGCUCGGGAUCGGGCUGUUCGUCGUCUACACCAAGUACUACUACCGGCCAAUCGCCAGCGUCACCGACUACUACAAGGAGAUGCACACCAAGCAGCGCCCCGACGCGGAACUGGCUCAGAACGCAGAUCAAGAGGAGUACCUCAACCGCAUCAAGGAAGAGUUCUUGGAUGCGGACCGACCAGCGAGGGGAAGAGGGAGCAGCAAUCGUCGAGCCCCCAGCGAAAAAGAUGAAAUUUAG